ACGGAAAAUGGCGGCUGUUCGGAGACGGGACUAACUUUGUUGCCAUGCUAGUGAUGCUCACGGUAAAGGCGCCAUCCCUGUAGAUUUCCUGAAUGUUGGCAGCCCUGUGGCCCCCUGUCAGUGUAAAGCAGGGCGGUUAAAGCCCAGAGGAGUGAGCCAGUCUGUUAAAACGAAUGUUUAUAAAUCCUCGAGUACUCAGACGGUCUGUUGGGUCUGAUUGUUGCCACCAGAUCCUUUCAGUAAGUCGGGCUCCGCAUCCUGCGGGGACGGUAACUACCGCACUGCUGAACACAGGGUUUCUGUCUAACUGCGUGGGUUAGUACCUGGUGGGGUCCAUGAAUGGAAAUGGAUGACUCCAAGCCACGUUACAGCACAAGGCUGCGUGCUGGUCCCCGGCGGCGUUACCAUGAUGACGGCAUCUCAGAUGAGGAGAUUGAUGGAAGGAGGAUGUUUGUCCUGGAGGAGAAAGUCACCAGUGAGCGGUUCAGCUCUGACCGGGUGAUUCGCAUGGAUGGAAAAGACUUUACAUAUGAGUUCGUUCAGCGAGGUGGCUUGAGGGACCCAAUCAUUUUUGAGAGAUCUGAUGGACUGGGAAUCAAGAUGCCAGAUCCUGACUUCUGUGUCAAUGACGUCAAGAUGUUUGUCGGUAGCAGACGCAUGAUAGAUGUGAUGGAUGUGAGCACUCAGAAGGGGACUGAGAUGUCCAUGGCCCAGUGGACGCGUUACUAUGAGACCCCUCCAUCUCAGAGAGAGAAGCUCUAUAAUGUUAUCAGCCUGGAGUUCAGUCACACCAAACUGGAGAACUUGGUCAAGAGACCGAACACGGUAGAUCUCAUAGACUGGGUGGACAACAUGUGGCCACGUCAUCUGAAGGAGAGACAGAGAGACUCGACUAACUCUAUCAAUGACAUGCAGUACCCCAAAGUACAGAAGUACUGUCUGAUGAGUGUUGAGGGCUGCUACACAGACUUUCACAUUGACUUUGGAGGGACCUCAGUGUGGUACCACAUACUGAGAGGGAGCAAGGUGUUUUGGCUGAUUCCUCCAACUCCUCAGAACUUGGAGCUCUAUGAGAAUUGGGUGCUGUCCGGGAAGCAAGGAGAUGUGUUCUUGGGAGACCGAGCAUCUGACUGCCAGAGGAUUGAACUGAAGCAGGGCUGCACCUUCAUCAUUCCCUCAGGUUGGAUUCAUGCUGUUUAUACCCCUCUGGACUCGAUGGUUUUUGGAGGAAAUUUCUUGCACAGCUUUAAUAUCCCUAUGCAGCUUAACAUCUGUAAUAUAGAGGACAGAACGCGGGUUCCAGUGAAGUUUCGUUACCCCUUCUACUACGAGAUGUGCUGGUACGUGCUGGAGCGCUACGUCUUCAGCAUGACGAAGACCUCCUACCUCACCCCAGAGUUUCAGAAACACUCCCUGGGCAUUGGUCUGAAGAAUCCAUCUGGCUCAGAUCCAGCCAGUGAGCAGGUGAAGGAUGAGGAGGAGGGUGUUGACAGUGAGGAAGAAUCAGGGCAACAAUCUGGCAGGCCUCAGGGUAAAGUCCAUCUGACUCCUCUUGAGCUGGAGGGACUCUGGAACCUACUGGGUAAACUGGAAGCUCUGCCCUCUAACAAGAAGUGUGUCCCAGCAGGGAUACACAACGCUCCGGCACUCAUUACACACAUCAAGGCACUACUAAAGGAGCAUGCUAAUGACAAUCCCACUGUGUCGUACACAGGAAGACCCAUAGUCAGGUGGCCAAAGAGGCCCUCAUGGUACCAUCCCCCCCCUCCACCUCCACCACCACCUCGUCCAAAACUGGCCUCCAUUCCGAUUACCCCACGACCUCAAAAACCAGCCUCUUCCAUGUCUGUGUUAAGGCGCCGAAGAGUCAGAUGUAAACGCUGUGAAGCCUGUAUGAGACCAGAGUGCGGAGACUGUAACUUCUGCAGAGACAUGAAAAAAUUUGGAGGACCAGGGAAGCUAAAGCAGACAUGUGUGCUGCGGCAGUGCCUCUCUCCGGGCCUCCCUCUGUCUGCAGUGUGUGAGAUCUGCAAGGAGCCCAAUCAGGAGGAAACUGGAGAUCCUUCCCUCACUCUGAUGGAGUGUUCCAACUGUGCACAGAUCGUCCAUCCUGCCUGCCUCACGGUUCAGGGUGAAGGAGUGGUGAAUAAAGACCUGCCUAGCUGUUGGGAGUGCCCAAAGUGCGUCCAGGGGAUCACUGAUCCAGAGCAGUCUAAAGGUGACAGAGGUGACGCCCUUCCACUGAAGAGGAAGUCCUCUUCUCUGCUCGACGCUCGUAUGGCUAAGAUUUACAGACGACAGCGACACAGCCGCGAUGGAGAAGACUCUGUCAGUGAUGACGAUGAUGAAGCCUCUCAGAGAAGAAAGAUGGCACUUCAUGCCCGAGGUGGGGGCCACUCUUAAAGGGUCUUUGGUGCUAACAGGAGAGGCCUGCUGAGAGGAGGCUCGGCCCACAGAGGAAGCAGAGGAGGACCUCUAAGUCCCGGAUCCUCUUCUGUCCUCAAGCUUAAGCGAGGGGUUGGCAUGAGGGACAGUGGACGUAGAGGACGAGGUGUGAGGUUGCGAGGAGGCUCCAGAAUGCAACGAAGAGGUGAUGAGUCUGAGGAAUCAGAUGACGAUGACGAUGAUGACGACGAUGAUGAUGACGACGACGACGAUGAUGAAGAGGAGGAGGAAGAGGAGGACAGUGAAGACGGAGAACAACAUCGUCGACGUAGGAGGCGACGCAGGACUGAUGAGGAUGAGGAUGAAGAUGUAGACAGCGAGGGGCAGGAGUUCGACCCUGGAGAGGAGAUGGACACUCUUGAGGAUGAAGAGGAUGAAGAGGUGGAGGAGGAAGGACGCUGGGAUUCAGACCCAGAACCGCCGGUCCUCCUGGUGUCUGAUCUGAAUGAUGACUUGCUGAGUGGCUCCUACCUGACAGUAACUCUACAGCGCCCCCAUAAGGCCAAGAGACAACUGGGCUCAAUCGUUCCAAAGUUAGAAGCAGCCAUGGGCCCAAGGACAGCUGCAGUGGGUGGUGGUGGCCAGCGUUUUAUCCAGAGAAAGACUGCUCUGUCCAAACCUUCACGACUGAAGGCGCAGGACUCCACAGCUGACAGCAUAACUCCACGAGGACCUGGCAGACCUCGUCUGCGGGGUAGCCAUGGUGACAGAGGGUGCUAGAACUCGCUCUCUGCAUCUUCUUCGGAGGAAGAGGAAGCUGCUGCUCCUGCAUCCUCCACCAUUUCUCCAUCGUUGCUCUCUCUGCCCUCCUUUAAGGAUGUGGGCACAUGAGAGAGGAGGGGAGAGGAGGUGUGGGUGUCUGUGUUCAGAUACUUGAACAGAGCUGAGUUGCUGGCCUGCAUGACUGUCUGUAAGGCCUGGUACAAGUGGAGCUGUGACAAAACGUCUGGGAGCCAAGUGGAUGUGAGUCGGUGCAGCACUCAGCAACCAGGCCUAGCAGGCAUUAUCAAACGACAGCCUACCUCUCUGGACCUUUCCUGGACACCCAUGGCCAAGAGACAGCUCAACUGCCUGCUAACCAGGCUCCCAGGUCUAAGAGAGCUGAGGGUGACUGGUCUACCCUGGUCCUGUCUGUCAGCGAUGGUCUCUCCCACUCUGCCCCAUCUACGCCUGCUAGACCUGCGCUGGUGUGAAGGCCUUAAAGAUGCCCAGAUUAAAGAGAUCAUCACCCCACCUGGCUUGGAGUCAUCCCGCAGCAGGCUGAGGAACAUGGUGACGCUGCACCUAUCCGGUCUGGACAUCACCGAGUCCACUCUGAGGCUCCUGCAGCGCCACAUGCCUCAGCUGGAGAGGCUGGACCUCGCCCACUGCAAGGAUUUAUCAGACUCCUCAGUCGCCCUGUUGGCAGCAGCUGGAACUCACACACGCAAUAACCUCACUGAGCUCACACUGGCAGGUUGCAAUGAGCUGACAGAUGGCUGCCUGUCCUACCUGAAGCGUCUCUCCUCUCUGAUUCUGCUGGACCUCAGAGGCUGUAAGGGCAUCAGCAGACGAGCUUGUGAUGCCUUCAUCUCUGACCUGUCCCACGUGGCCGUCUUCUGUAUGAUGGAGGAGAAACUCAUCCAGCGCCUGGACUGACACAAGCGCAUCGUUGUAAAAGAGAGCAACAUGCUUUAGCAAGUUUAUUGUUUAUAUGUUAAAAACUUUUUAGAACACUCAGUCUAUAGAAACAGAAGCAUUAAAGCUCAUCAGUCUGGCAAUCCUUUGGUACAAAAAGCCCACCUCAUGUCUUCUGUGUCUUCUGCGACUUGUUAAAUAAUCGUCACUAACCUCUGAUGUACAAGAAACACUUGAAUUUUGUCUGAUACUACCAACAUUUUACCAGAAUGUCAGAUUAUUCCUUUGAAGCCUGAGUCUUGAUUUAACUGAAUACAAAGAUUUGUACUUUUCAAAGGUUCACAUUUCCUUACACGUCUCGCAUCAUUGCGAAAAUGUACAAAUAACCAGAAAUCUUGUUUCCUAUGAAACCAUCUGUGCUGUUGAAAGAGUGAAGCUGGAGGGAAGUGCUGUUGAUUGACCUUGGUCAGAGCUGCUGUAGUGAUCAGCGUGUUUUGUUCUGGUUCUGAACCGUGAAUCCUCUGUGUACAUAAUUUGUUUUUUUUAUGUUUCAUAUUUGAUAAUGUACCAUGUGUUACAUGUAAAAACUUUAUACAAUGUAAAUCCAAGUUUCUGUUACUGUGUCUGUUUUGUUAAGCAUUGUUUACAGACAUACAAAAAAAAUGCAGUGUGUUUAAGUUAAUAAACUUUGUGUCCCAUGUA